AUGCGUUCUCGGUUAUUGAACCGCUACAUUCAACAGUGGCGGCGGCUUCCAAUCUUGUCAGGUAUCGAAGAGAGGUGUACUCGUUCAUACCAGAGACGCGAUUUGACCUCAUUGGAUAUAUUUUACUUUACGAAUUAUAAUGCACUCCAAGGUGUAGGAAUUGGGUUCCGUUUUCGAGCACAUCACCACAGGUCUGUGGACAUUGCGACCAAAGCAGAGAGAUGGAGGCGGGCUCAGUGGUGCAGGAGGACAUUACAUUCCGAGGAGUGGAGUUUGCUGUGAAGAUAGAACUAAAAGAAGGAUUGCUAAUAGUUGAGAUCUCUGAUGCAAUGACAGCUGACCAGUGGAGGGGAGGGUUUGACCCAGCAUACAUCGAAGACCUAUCCCGCAAAACAGGCAACUUCAAGCAGUUUCCCAUCUUCUGCAGCAUGUUGGAAUCUGCUGUUAGUAAGACUAGUGAGUCUGUUACCCUUGACCUCUUGACCUAUGCUGACCUGGAGCUCUUGCGGAACCGGAAGGCUGGAGUCGUUGGUCGUCCCCGAACCCAACAGCAAUCUCCUAACCUCAGUGCCAAAAGAUACCUAAUUCUUAUCUACACUGUGGAAUUUGACAGAAUCCACUACCCCCUGCCCCUGCCCUACCAUGGCAAGCCUGAUCCUGCCGCCCUGCAGAAGGAGAUCAGAGCCCUGAAGACUGAGCUAAACGCUCUGGCCAACCAUGUAGGUCACAAACCAGCAGAGCCAGAGAUACGCCGGCUACGGGCAGAACUCACAUUGGUGAGAGAGGAGAAGGAGGCCCUGGCCAAGGCUUUGGAGCGUCUGCAGUUAGUGGGGUCUGCUUCCACCCCUGGAGGAGGGGCUCGGGGGCUGAGAGAGGUGGUCAGGAGUUUAGAGGACCAGCUCCUCAGAGAGAGGGCCAAGAGUCAGCACUCAGCCAGCAAGAGGGGCCAGGAGCAGCGCCUCCAACUGGAGCAGUUGGAGGAGCUAAGGGCAUCAGAGCGAGCUCUACGGAUUCGCGUUAAGAGUUUGACCAAUGAACUGGCGUUGCUAAGACGAGGGUUAGUCACUCUAAGCAUUAGGGUGACCAGUGGGGUGACCCCUGCCCUCUCUGGGUGCAGUGCCUCGCGGGGUGAUGGGGAGAUCAGGCGUUCACUAUCUCGGGAACGUAGUUUGGGACGUGUUGUAGUUCGGGCUCGCUCAGGGUCCAGAGAGAGGACAGAAGAGAGGGGUCGGAGGUCAGAAGGCCAGAGGGCAGACUCCUCAGGGCCCCGCUCGUAUGUCUCCAGACCCUCACCUUCUCCCGCAGGUUCGCGGACACCACGCUUUGACCCCACUGCAUAUAUCCAGGACAGACAGCGCCGACUGAGAGAGGCGGAACUCAAAAACCAGAGAAAGGUCAGAAGAGAAAUGUUAGCGUCACCUGUUCUGGAGAGGGGCCUAGAGAGGGGGCGGUCUCGGUCCAGGGAGGCUUAUCCCCAGCUGACCAGGGCAGGCAGUGGGAGCAGAGGGAGGAGCUUAUCAAUUGAGAGUAGGAGAAGCAGACAGUCCUCUGAUAAUUCAUUGGUGGAGUUGGAUGAGUUGACAAUCAGAGGAAGGAAGCAGACCUACAAUGGUCCAACCAUGCCCAGAGGAAGACAUUUGACCAGGAAGCCCCAUUGUAGCACUCCCACACACAGGGUACGAUCAGACAAAGAAGGCUCCAUAGAUGGGGCUGACCUGUCAGAGAUCGAUGCCCGGCUGCAGGCCCUACAGGACUACAUGAGGGACCUGGACACGGGACACUAAACCCUAGGCAGGAAAAAUGUGUUCAAAGACUUUCCUGUGCUGCAAACUUAGACCAAGGUCUACUACUAAUCGACAUUACUAGUCGAACACUGUGACUAAACAAGAUCACUGCACUACACUGUGAUAUUUUAGCACACAUUAUCAGCUGAUAGGCUUAUGCAAGUGCAAACACAGAUGGAUGCACACACUGCUUAUUUUGUCACCCUCUGGGAGACGGUGCCUGAUCUGUGGAUAAAGAUACCACUCUGAAGGCUGUUAAGCCACUGUUAGUGUAUUGAACUAAAACUGAGGAGUAACUGGUUUUAUACUACGGUUUUAUAACUUAUGCAUUGUGUCUGUUGAUGUGACCGUAAUACCCCAUUUCCCCCACCCUUUUUUAAUGAGUGAUUGAUGAAUGUGAUUUGAGAUGUUUUAGUCUGUAAAUAUAACUUUAUUUGAAACAUUUUGGGGGGGGUGGUUGCUUUUGGUGAGAAGUAUUAUUUUUUUUUAAAUCUUUUUUUUUUUUAUAUAAAUGAAAUUUAGUUUCUCAUUUAAUUUUAUUGAAGAAAUGUCAUCCCAUGCUCUAUUAUCAUUACUUCCUGUCUAGCUGUGUUUGCUGAGUGUCUGUUCAAGUGUUUUGGCCCAUUGGAUCAGAGAUGGAUUUUCACCAAGUGCUGCAUGAGGAUUUAUUGCUUUGUUUUUGUGCCAUUACCUUUCUAAUAGGUAUUUAGCCAAAAUUUUUAUUUUUUUCUACUUUUACUAGACAUAUCUUCUAUAUUAAAUAAUCACUGCAGCAGCUUUGUCACUCAGUAAUGUGGUGUGAGUGAGUGCACUGUGUCCUCCCCCUCUGCAGUAGAGUUAGUUGGUUGGGUGGGCUGAAGGUUCUUCCCUAGGGCUUUACUUAAAGGGCUGCAGCUCCACUACAG